CACACUCGUCAAGCGGUCGUCCAGCACGAGUUGGGGCGAGAGCGUUGGUUCUGCGCGAGGGCGCUCCUGGGACGCAAGCACGGGGUCGUCCAAUACGGUACGUCAGUUUGCUAUUGCUGGGCGAAUGCUUGCCGACGGCGUGCUCUGGGUCGGCGGCAGCAGCGGCCUCGCUCGCACCUUCUUCGAGGAGCGCGUCGGCCCGCUGAAGGGCGAGCGGUUCAUCUGCACCGGCGUGGAGCCGGACGCGCCAGAGUGGCUGCUGGGUGUGCCUUCGCUGGCGUACGUGCCGCUGGACCUGACGAGCGCCGCCAGCGUGGGCACCCUCUUCCAACGCCUGCCCCACGGAGCCGGCACGCUGGUCAUUGGCGCGCGCCUGCCGCUCCUCGGCAGCGGCGCCCACACCACGCUGCUGCCUCAGCUGGGUGCACUCGUGGCGGCCGCGGCGGUCGCGGGCGUGCGGCGCGUGCUGCACGUCUCAUCCGUCGCGGCAGCCGACCACCUUCGCGCGCAGCGCGGCGUGGACGAGGAGGCGCAGCUGCCUCCGCUGAGCGAGUACGCCGGGGAGUAUGACGUGUUCAAGCGCUGCUCCGAGGAGGAGAUCGGGCGCGCCUGCGAGGCGGCCGGGCUGCCGCACGUCCACCUGCGACUGAGCGCGAUCUUCUCCAACGAGCCGCAGUGCAUCCAGGUGCGCGCCCUCGCGCUGCAGGCGCACGCAGGCGCCUACCUGCCCGUGCUGCUCGAUGCAAACUCGAGCCGGAACGUCUGCACCGCGCUCCGGCUGCUGCUCGAGCGGCUCGAGGCGGAGGCGGCGUCGGUGCGGCGGCUCUACUACUACACGAGGCCGCGCGGGCCGGCCGUGCCGUACGGCGAGCACCUCGUCGCCUACCGCGCCGCGCACGCGACGUCGCCGGCGGUGUGGCUGCCCUACCUCGCGGUGGCAAUGCUGGUGGCGCUGUGGCACGCGGCGGUGAGGCACACGCCGCUGGGCCGGCUGGCGGGCGCGCGCUCCGUCGACUACCUGCUGCAGGUGAGCAGCAGGGACCACACCUUUGACAAUGGCCGCAUCCAUCGGGACUUCCCGUCGCUCGCCGCGUCGGAGGAGAGCCUCGUGCGGGCUUUCAGGCGGAUCGAGGCGCGCGCGCUGCAGCGGCGAAGGGCUGGCCGGCGGCGGCGCGGUACGGCUUUAUGGUGAGGAAUCGAGAGGAUCGCACCGGUGGACAUAUUUAAGGUCAUGGAGAGUUUUUGCGGCUUUAAAAUCGCGUGUUCCCCCC